AUGCAGCAGCCGCAGGACAUCCGGCGCUGCGCGCUCGCGCUGCUCCUACCUCUCUUCAUCCGCUCGACGAACGCCGUGGAGCUCUGUAUAUCAGUAUUUAGUGUCGUUGUAGCGACGCCUAUGGCUGUGUGGAUCGAUGGCAAGCCGUUUAACCGCGAGCUGGUCUUACCCGUCAUCGCGGCAACUGCGGCGUCGUGGCUCGGUAGCGUGCUAGCGGACUAUGUCGUUGUGGGCGAGUGGCUGCGUCUGCUCGUCACGUACGGGAUAGCGUUCGAUGGCAUGGAAAUGCUGAUACCUGCAUCCGUUGUCCCUGCGUCCAAGAAAGACCUCUCCAACCUCCGCGCCGCGCCCUUGCCCUCUAGUGCCUGGAUCUUACCCGUCGGCGUAUCUCUCCCGGUCACCCUUGAGCUACUGCCAUACUACAACGCCCACGUGGCUCCAAAGCUCUUCCUCAGCAUGGCAGUCAUCUUCUGCACGCUAGCCGUCCACGUCCAAACGUUCUUGGCAGCCCUUACACGCGCCACCCUAUGGAGAGACGCUAGCAAGAUUCUGGUAAAGAAGAUAGAGGAGGUACCCAGAAUCGUGGUCACGGACAUGGAAGUUCUCGACGGCAGGGCGAAAGAGAAGAAGAAAGAGCAAGGGUUGCAGAGGCCGAUGAUCCCGGCAUACGAUACGAAGAUGCUACAUCCCGUCCCCCCAUACAAGACGAAGACGAAGACGAAGACGAAGAAUGCGAAGAAGAAACCCCGGAAGAACAGCAUCUCGGCAGAUGAGUGGAAGAAAGCUGCGGAUAAGAAAGGCCGGCCUAAACCGACCUCGAAAUCGGUUGAUCUGCUGAACGCAGCACACGAAUCUCCCGCUCAGGUUAGGGCUCAGCUCCGCGAACCCGAGCUGGAAACAGGAAAGGAUAUGGGUGAAGAAGAGAGAAGGCAGGCCGAGGCAGACUACUGGAUGGAAAUCUUACUGGGAAAGAAAGACGGCGGUGAUGCACUGGUGAAGAUGGCUACACGUGGAAAGCCACGUCGACCGACGACGAGGAGGAGGGGUUAA